AUAGGGAUUUAUCAGACCUUCUAAACGAAGGCAACUUAUACUUAUAAAAUAGUAAAUUAAAAGAUACUUUGAGACCAUUUUGUUUAAAUUAUAUCAUAGAUGGGGGAAAUGAGGCUCAGGGAACUAGAAAGAAAUGCUCAUAUUUGCACAACUAAUUCCUGGUGGAAUUGAAAUUCAUUCUCUGUCUAGUAACGUUUCUUCUACCUUUCUCAAUUCUUGAGGGCUUAUUAUCAUUAAUUCUCAUAGAAUAUGAAUUGUAUCAAUUUGCCCUGGGUUUUAUGCUGUUGAUAUUUGAUAUGAUGUUCAAAUGCUUGUCAUCCUAUUUAUUGAAGUGUGUAUUAAAUUCUUGUAAUUAAAAAUGCGAUAGUGGAAGAUUCCUGGAGGGGGCAGAGGAAAUUAUUUCAGAGAAGCUUGUGGAUCCCGUGAUAAACAUGUUCAUUUUCUUCAGCAGGAUCAUUUCCCAGGUCAUACCAAGCAGAUGAACCCAGCCAACCAUUCCCAAGUGACAGGUUUUGUACUUCUGGGGCUCUCUCAGAUAUGGGAGUUCCGGUUUCUCUUCUUCAUUGUCUUCUCUGCUGUGUACCUUAUGACGGUAACUGGAAAUCUCCUUGUUGUGGCUACAGUAACCUCUAACUCACGCCUGCACACAACCAUGUACUUUCUCUUAGGCAAUCUUUCUUUCCUGGAUGCCUGCUAUUCUUCUAUCACAGCACCUAGGAUGUUGGCUGACCUGCUCUCGGGCAAUCCCACAAUUUCCUUUGGUGGCUGUCUGACCCAGCUCUUCUUUUUCCAUUUCAUUGGUGGCAUCAAGAUCUUCCUGCUAACUGUCAUGGCAUAUGACCGCUAUGUCGCCAUUUCUCAGCCCCUGCGCUACACGCUCAUUAUGAAUAAAACUGUCUGUGGGGUCCUCAUGGCAGCCUCCUGGGUAGGGGGUUUCAUCCAUUCCGCUGUACAGGUUGCACUGACUACCCAACUGCCAUUCUGUGGGCCUGACAAACUGGACAACUUUUAUUGUGAUGUGCCCCAGCUGAUCAAAUUGGCCUGCACAGAUACCUUUGUCUUAGAGCUUCUGAUGGUGUCUAACAAUGGCCUGGUGACUUUGUUGUGCUUUCUGGUGCUGCUGGGAUCUUACACAGGACUGCUAGUCAUGCUCCGAAACCACUCACGGGAAGGCCGCAGCAAGGCCCUGUCCACUUGUGCCUCCCACAUUGCUGUGGUGAUCUUAAUCUUUGUGCCUUGCAUCUAUAUCUAUGCAAGGCCAUUUCGGGCCUUGCCAAUGGAUAAGGCAGUCUCUGUGCUGUACACAAUGGUCAUCCCCAUGCUGAAUCCUGCCAUUUAUACCCUGAGAAACAAGGAAGUGAUCAUAGCCAUGAAGAAGCUGUGGAGGAGCCAAAAGUUCUGCCUUGGUUCCCCAGAGCAUUGA